UCUGACUAAGAGCUCUCACCAGUUCCUCCCAUCACCUUAACAGGUGUCUAGUCAUGCCUCCAGACCCUGUGUCUGGACCAAGAAGUGUGGAAGGAAGCACUAAUGGGGAAACAAUGAGCAGGACCCAGCAAGGAAAGACCUUCCUCUCCCACCAUUUCCAUCACUCACUCCCCCCACGGCUGGGAUGGGGUAUGAUUUUCUCCUAUUUAAAACCAAGAAACAAGGAGGAGUGUGCCUCCAUUUCCAGUGUGCCUCCAGUCUUCCACUUCAGCCCAAAGCACUGUGCAUACAUUAAGGACCAAUAUUUGAAAAGGGCUGCCACAAACCUUACCUUCUCUAAGGAGGUGGUAUGGCAGCGAGGGCUGCCCAGCAUUCCUUACAGCCAGUAUAGCUUUGACCAUCUCUACAAUGCAGACAACAUCAUCCAGCCUCCCCAGAUCAGGAGGACCCGACAUGAGAAACCCAUCAGCUUCAAGUUCUUAAAUUCUGCUGGUCCCUCAGCAAGGGUCACUUCCAAGGUUGUGAAGACAGAAAGCUCGGCCAGUCUUAAGAAGCAGCUGAAGAAAUCAAAGCCAGCAGCAAGUGAACUCCAGGAAACACCUCACCUUCUCACCCGCCAUCCCCGCAGGGACCCAGACAUGCUGGAUCUGUCACUUUCUCCAGAUGUGAACCUGGAGAUGGAGGCCUGGCUUCCAUCUCUGGAGGAGGCCAGAGCCUGGGAAGCCAUCGUUCUAAAAAAGCUAAACAAGUGCACUGCCCGAUGGAUCCAGAACAAGUGUCCUCUAAGGCCUGGUGUAUUCCCCAACAAGUGGCAGAGCUUCCUGUGCCAGCAAUACGACUGGAGCCACAUCCGGGAUGAGUUCACUUCCACUAGUGACCUGGAGCUUUGGAAACAGCUGGAAGCAGAAGAGACAGUGGAACUUGAGGAUCAAAGUCUCAUCCUGCCCACCGGGGAAAAAAGGAAGCCAGAGCUGCUGCUUCCUGUUUAUUAUAGAUUGCCCAAUCACUUGCCACAAAUGCAGACAUGUGAAACUAUGCCUGACAAUAAGACCACUGUGGAUAUCAAUGAAAAGAGGAGUAUCUGCCAGCCCCCGAACCAGAGCUACUUCCGACAGGCGAAUCUCCGAGCUGGAAAGUUUGCUUACUCCACAGACAACACCUUUGAACAGGAGAUUUACUUUGAUAAAGUUCAGGUCAUCCACCAGAUUGGUGCAAAGAGAGACCAAAUUCUCCUGGAAAACCUCAAUCAGUAUAGCAAGCAGCUAUCUAAGGUCUUUCCUGAAACCCCAGAAAGGUGGACUUCCCAGCCAUUUCCAGAAGCAUCUCGUCGGCCUGUGAAAGGAUUCCCGCGCUGGACUGCUUUGCCCACCCCAGCCAAGGAUCUGCCGCUGCAGGUGGGUGAGGAGGACGUGCCCAUAAAGACCAAGAAACCAAAGAGGCAGGUGGAAUCACUGGAGGAGGAUGUGGCUUGGGAACUGGUGGCCCUGCGGAAGAUGCUGAAGGAGUGGAAAACCGCCUGGGCUCUACUCAUUGAGUGGCACCAUAAGACAGUAGAAGACCUGCUGCGGGGCUUGGUGGACAUGCACGAUGACAUUCGGAUCCAAGCCAUCAUCACAUGUGCCACAGCUGCUUUAGAAUGGCCCCAGAUGGCUAUUAGCCAGGCAGACUCAGACAAGGAGACUGGGAAAGCCCCAUUUCUCCAGGACUUGCCAGAGGUUCUGCAGCCUGCCCUGGAGGCUGCUCUUUGUGACAAAAGUGCCAGGGUGCGGAUGGCAGCAGCAGUAUGUCAGUAUGCCAUACGGUCACAUAAUCCCCUUGCCCGGGACAUCAUGCAGACUGCCCUUUUGAAGGGUAAUAGUGUGGACAGCUGGGCUGCAGCUCAGUGCUUGGCUCUGGAAGGUGCUGCCACUUACCCCGUGAUUAAGAGGAUCCUCCAUCAGCUGUUUAACAAGAAGAAUGAGGACACUGAGCAGCAGUCUUGUACACUCCUGAGCCAUCUCAGUGGGAAGACAACCCUGAUACACACCAUGCUUGCUGUGGAGCUGAAUAGUUAUCAAUGGAAGGACCGGAUUGUGGCCUGCCAUACUCUCUCCCAGAUCAGUGGAAACAUCAGUUUAGAUAUGAAAGGUAAGCUGAUCCAGCUGAUGUUGAGUGACUGGAGUAAGGAAGUGAGGACAGCAGCCGCCCAAGCUCUGGGGCAAAUGAGCCUCGGGAAAGAGGUGCAUGACACAAUCAGAGUCAGGUUGGGUCAAGGAAAUUGCCAGGAGCGUGUGGAAGCCCUCUCCCUGAUUGGUGGGCUCAAGCUCAUGACCGCCAAGCUUCUCCCAAGCUUCCUGAACUGCUUCUCUGAUGACUUCAUGGCAGUUCGGCGGGCAGCCUGUUUGGCAGCAGGUGCCCUGCAAAUCCGUAAUAAGAUGGUCCUUGAAUGCCUUCUGAAUCUGAUACAAAGAGAGCCAUACUGGAAAAUCAAGGCUUGUGCCAUUCAAGCUUUGGGACAGAUUGGCCUGGUGAGUCCCCAGCUGAUAGACCACCUGCUCUGGGCUAUCCACUUUGAAAAGUCACCAGGGGUACGACUGGAAGCUUGCCGUAGCAUCCUCGCCCUCAAACUUCAAGGGGACCGGGUCAGGGACACCUUCCUAGACGUGCUGCUCCUAGAGAACGAUGAUGCUGUUCUAGAGGAAAUUCACCAGGCAAUGAAGAUACUCCACCUAGAAUAUGAAGGAAACCAAGAAAUGCUUCAGAAGAUCAAGAACAGGAUUCAAACACUAAGCCAAAAGGACUUGAUGACACAGAAAAUAUUCAAGAUUGAGAAGGGCAUAAGAAAAGUGAAGGAGGAAGCAAAACGUGUUUACCUGCAACCCAAAGAGGGGCAAAAACCAUUGAAACUCCAUACUUUUCUCCAAGAAACUUUUCAGGAUGAGGUGGUGCUUCCUAGAAGAUCAUCUGAGAUUUGUGACACUGAAGCAGACAUAAAGCCUGUGAAGCCUCGUACACCAAAUCCCUGGUCACAGAGUCCAGUCCUGGGCCUAAAUGCAAGAAGCAGAGGUCGCUCACCACUUGUCAAAGAUCUACGCACCGUCCGGGAAAAAUGGAUUGCAAUGGGGCCAUUUGGAUCUGACAGCCCAGAUCUCUAGCUGGGUAAAUACUCAGAGACAUUUUUUUCCAGAGUCCUGUCCUCUUACCCUGGAAGGAAAGGUGAUUAUUUCUAGGAUGAGCCCUUCUCUUGCUCCAAGACACAGGCAGCAGUGGACUCAGUCACAUUCUGUCUCUUUAACUGAUGUUUUAUAAUCUCUUUGUCAUUAUGUUUAUAAAGAAAAAUCCAUCUAACAAUAGACCUGGCUUUUAAAUGUAUACCAUUUACACAGAGGGUUAAAGAAAAUUGACAUCACAUUAGGUGAUGAGCAUAUUUUUCCAUACCUCAGAAAAGUCAUAUACUAAAUAUAUGUCAGAGCUCCACAUUUUGCUAGAGUCAAAAUAUCGAAAGACCCAGCACUCUUUGCAAACUAUAUAAAGAGCACUCUGGAACCCAAACUAGAAUCCCAUUUGUCUAAAAAAGAAACAGCUUAGGUAAUUAAAAAAAAAAUCUACAAGUCUAGUCUUGUACUAGAGCAAGUUCUUUACAAGCCAGUGCAAUUAUUUUUGCCCCUUGCACUGUGUGGGUGGGUGUGAACACUAGCUGAACACUUUUAGAUCCCUGCAAAACAUUGCUGAAGUUUUAUAAGGCCAAUUAGCAAUUCUCAUAAGCCUCAAUGUACUUAAUGCUUUAAAGAUUCAGACAUGAUGGAAAAGUCUCACGUCUUUCUGUAUCAUAAGAUUCUGUAAGAAAAAAAUUGCCACAGAAGAGGAGAGAUCCAUAAUUCAAAGUGUGUGAGUCUAGCUUUCCUUCCUAUUGAUUGCUGUUUACACCCUAAAAAGCUUUGGGACAUUCAAUGAUGAUUGUAAAGUCAAUGUGAAUCUCUCCCUUUUUCUCCCUGGAAUCACGUCCUCCUCUUCUGGUGGCACUGUUCUCAUCAGAAAUAUAAAAAGCAAUAAUUUCUACUAUGAAUACCUAGCAGUUACGGAACAUGGAGGAAAAGGAACUUCAGGGGCUGUAUCAGCUGUGUAACAGAAAAUCUUCCCUUUUCCUGACUCAUGUAAUUCAAGUUUUAAUUUAUUAGUUUAAACAUUCCACCCAAGUGAAAUAUUAAUCCACAAAGUACCAUCACAUAUAUUAAAGUUAUUUCCACAUCUGUCAAACCUGAGGAUUCUGGGAUCUGGCUGCAUGAGGCAUUUGAGACAAUAAAUAAUUCUGUACAAGUACUUUCUCAGCCCCUCUAUCUUUGACCUUAAUGAAAGGGCUUCAUUGUGCACUCUGCACUGCUGGCAAGAACAAGAGAGCCAAGUGAACUCUCCAGUCAGUCAGUUAGCAAGGCAGAGCAGAGGGUAUGUUCGGCGGCUGGCACUGGGGGAGAUGUAGCAGCUGCAAAGAAAUGGCCCUUGUCCUCGAGGAGUUUAUAAGGGGUUUUAUAAGAAACACAUACAAGAACCUUUCAAAGACAAUAUGCUUAAUCUAGUGGGAA